AGGGCGGACCCUGACAUGGGCGGUGGCUGGCGGCAGGGGAAGGCGGAAAGACGGGAAGAACGCGGUGGCCGAGUGCUGAGCUGCUGCCCGUCGUGCUGCGCCCGAGUCCGCGGAGCCCCACGCGCCCCGAGACGCCGGCGCCAUGGCCCUGGGGCUGCUGGAGCUCUGCAACUGGAGCACGCUGGCGGUGUGCACGGCGCUCAAGCUGCCGCAGAUCUCCGCCCUGCUGGCGGCGCGUAGUGCGCGGGGCCUCAGCCUCCCGAGUUUGCUUCUGGAGCUGGCGGGGUUCCUGGUGUUUCUCCGAUACCAGUGUUACUACGAGUACCCGCUGCUGACCUACCUGGAGUACCCCAUCCUCAUCGCGCAAGAUGUCAUCCUCCUGCUCUGCGUGUUCCACUUCAGCGGGAGCGUGUACCGGGUGGCGCCCUACCUCGCCCUAUUCGUGGCGUCGUGGUUCGUCCUCACCCUGCAGAAGUGGAUCAUAGACCUGGCCAUGAAUUUCUGCACUUUGAUCAGCGCGGCCAGUAAGUUCGCCCAGCUGCAGUACCUGUGGAAGAGCCGGGACCCGGGGGCCGUGAGCGCCCUGACCUGGAUCCUCGCUUCCUACACCUGUGCCACAAGAAUAAUAACGACCGUGAUGACCACCAAUGAUCUCACAAUGCUCACACGUUUUGUGGUCAUGCUGGCGUUGAACCUGUGGGUGACAGCGACGGUCCUGCGCUACCGGAGGCCGGCCGCCAAGGCUGAGUGAUGGGGACGAGAGUCUCGCACCCAAAGCGAAGGUCGGAUAACUGAACCAAAGGGAAGGACGCCUCGUUGCUAAGUCAAGUCUUUUAUAAACUUGGUCGUUUCAGAGCCUUCGAAGCCAAAGGUAUUUAGACGGGAGCCCCUCAAACCCUCGUGUGAGCCGGCUCUCCCACCCCUCCCGCUACCCAAGUAGGUUGUUAGAGCUCAGACCCGACGGCUGGAGAUCGUCCAAGAACUCAGUCUGAGAUCGCUUUGACCCAUAAAAGUCACGAUCAAGUUCUCUCCAAAGGGCUAACUGCAUCUGUUUUUCAGCUUUCGGAGUCUUUUAAGAAAUAAGCCCUUUCCCCAGCACAAGUGAGCACGGAGUGGGAUUUUGCUCUGGCAGAAGUGGAAUUGUAACAUGACUAGGGUUUGCCUUCCGGGACUAAUGUCUGAUUGUAACACAGGUGUCAGAGGAGGGCCUUAUUGUAUCGAAUGCCGCGUAACACCUCCCUCGCUUGCAGCGAGUGUAUCAGGGCAAGCACGCACACACCUGCUUGAGUUCGUGCACCAAAGCAGUCCCUUGCCUUCCCCCCGUGCCUUUCAGCAGUUCCUAACGAAACGUCCUGCUGGAUGCCUUCCUUGUGAUGAAGCAGGUCACAUUCUGAUGCAAGCACCGUGCUGACGUCUUAAAAAGGGCCACAUCCUCACAAGCAGCCAUUAUGAGAACUCAGUAUAACACAGAGCUGACCCGGACCAGGUUUUGUAUAUUGGAAAUAUACGCAGUAAAGGCUAUAUUCCUGGUUCUGCCGAGUUCUUCUGGAUUUUAUUCUCAUUACAGUAGCAUGUUCUAAACAUGACAAGAUUAUUGUGCGCUGCGUUUUUCUAUAAAAGUUUAUAAACCCUAACUUUUCAAAGCUCUCUUUCCCCUUGUAAUCGAACGGCAUUACUCUGGUGUGUACAUCUGCAGGAUGUAAGUGAUCUUUGUUAGAUGUUUUGGUUGCCUGUGUAAAAUAAACUUUCAUAUUUUGAA